AUGAUAGGAUAUUAUAACUAUUCAUUUACUAUAUUAUUUAUUAUAAUUUUUAUUCACAUUCAUAAUGUUAAAAAUGAAAAGGCAAUUCUUCAGGCAGGUCGGGUAACAGCAGAUGCCUUGUUAACAUCAACACUUAAUGUAACACAACAUAUUGAAUCACCUAUUAAAGGAUUUCCACUUCGAGGUAAUAUGGGAAAAUGGGAAAUGUCAUCAUGUUUAGAUCAAAAUGGUAUAUUAAGAAGGCAUGGUGAGGAAUUCAUUCCAAAAGGUAAGGAAUUCUGGCAUGCCUGCAAUAAUGGUGUUUUCAAAAUCAUUGCUUGCAGGGGAAGUAUAAAAAGUGGAAGAGUUAAGAUACCUUUAGAUAGUACAAUAUAUGUUAGAGGAUUUUGGUAUAAAUGUAUUGAUAGGGGUGAUGGUAAAGUAGAAUAUCAAGAAGAAUCAUCAUGUAAAAUUGGUAAUAGACAUUAUCAUGAUGGAGAUUUUAUCAAUACAGGUGGUUUUCGUAUGCAAUGUACAACCUCAGGACAUGCUAUUAUUGGUUGUUAUUAUAAAAAUAGUAAUGGUACAAAAAUAUCAAUGAAUCCUGGUGAUAAAAUUACAUAUAAUGGUGUUGUACAUUUUUGUAAACAAAUAAGAAAUAAAUUUUUUUUUCAAACGAUGGAAACAGGUUGCCGAAAAGAUGGAAAAAUUUAUAAUAAUGAUGAAGUAUGGGUAAAAGGAAAUAUUGUUUAUAAGUGUGAAUUUGGUUUAAUUAAUAUUGUAGCAUGUCAAACUGAAGAUGGUCAAAGACUUUCUGUUGGUAAUAGAAUUAUAAAAGAUAAAUACAUACUUCAUACAUGUACUAGAGAAACUGAUAAAAUAGUACGUUACACAAUGUCUACCUGUGGUAGACCUAAUUUUCCAGCUUGUGAACCUACUGCAAUUGAACCACCACAAAUUAAUUUAGAAGCAAAUGAAAAUAGAACAUUAAGUGCACAUAAAGAGUCACUAAGAAAUGAACUUAAUAUUCAUUCAUCUGAUAUGAAAUUAAUUGAUACAUCAGGAUUACGUUUACUAAAAUCAUCAUUGUUAUCAGGAAGAUGA